GAUGCAGGCCGUUUUCAUAUGCAGUUAUCGUCUGGUGUAAGAACCUUAUGUCAUCAAGUGAAACAUUUGCUGCUUUUUAAGUAGAUUUUUUUGUGUUAUUAAUUCAUUACAUAAAAAUCAUCAGGAUUAGUCUAGAAUGUAUGGAUUAAAUUAGUACAGUUCCUGUAUUUAGAAAAAGUUAUUAUAAUCAUCUUAGACAAGAAUUCUCAGGUUUUCAGGCCUGUUUACCCAUACUAAAACAGUAUAGCAUUCUCACACAGUUAAGGCUAAAACUGCCCCAAUAAAGACAGUAUUCUUUUUUCUUAAGAUUCUGUUUAUUUGGGAGAGAGGGAGCAUGCAGGGGCAGGGGCAGAGAGAGAAGCAGACUCCGAGCUGAGCAGGGAGCCUGACACAGGCAGGGCUCGAUCGCGGGACGCUGGGAUCGUGACCUGAGCCAAAGGCAGACGCUUAACCGACUGAGCCACCCAGGCGCCCCAAGACAGCGUUCUUACAAUGAAAGUUAAUGUGUGUAAACAGGGCUCUUAACAGAUUUAAUAAAAGAAAGAAAAUUGACCAUAGCUAUGUCUUAGUUCUUCAUAGGGCAAAAGACAGUCAACUAGUAACAACUUAGAAGAUUUCAGCACCAUUAUUAACAAGCUUGAUUUUUUCGGAUAUAGAAUCUAACCUUGCAUCCAAUAUAUUGGAUUUCUUGAGAAGACAUAGUCACCAUUUACAAAAAUCGACUACAUUCUAGGCCAUAAAGUCCUCUUGACACUUCGAUGUCCCAGAUGGUAAAGAACGAAGAGAAAGGAGCAAAAAGAAAAGCCCCCGAAGAAGAGAAGAAUGGCAGUGAAGAGCUUGUGGAAAAGAAAGUUUGUAAAGCCUCCUCAGUGAUCUUCGGUUUGAAAGGCUAUGUGGCCGAGCGGAAGGGCGAGCGGGAGGAGAUGCAGGAUGCCCACGUCAUCCUGAAUGACAUCACGGAGGAGUGUAGGCCCCCGUCAUCCCUCAUUACCCGGGUUUCAUAUUUCGCUGUUUUUGAUGGUCACGGAGGAAUUCGAGCCUCAAAGUUUGCUGCACAGAAUUUGCAUCAGAACUUAAUCAGGAAAUUUCCUAAAGGAGAUGUAAUCAGUGUAGAGAAAACCGUGAAGAGAUGCCUUUUGGACACUUUCAAGCAUACUGAUGAAGAGUUUCUUAAACAGGCUUCAAGCCAGAAGCCUGCCUGGAAGGAUGGCUCCACCGCGACGUGUGUUCUGGCUGUGGACAACAUUCUCUAUAUCGCCAACCUCGGAGAUAGUCGGGCAAUCCUGUGUCGUUUUAAUGAGGAGAGUCAAAAACAUGCAGCCUUAAGCCUCAGCAAGGAGCAUAAUCCCACACAGUACGAAGAGCGAAUGAGAAUACAGAAGGCUGGAGGAAACGUCAGGGACGGUCGUGUCUUGGGUGUGCUGGAGGUGUCACGCUCCAUCGGGGAUGGGCAGUACAAGCGCUGUGGGGUCACUUCGGUGCCGGACAUCAGACGCUGCCAGCUGACCCCCAAUGACAGGUUCAUUCUGCUGGCCUGUGACGGCCUCUUCAAGGUCUUCACGCCGGAAGAAGCGGUGAACUUCAUCCUGUCCUGCCUGGAGGAUGAGAAGAUCCAGAGCCGGGAAGGGAAGCCCACCGUAGACGCCCGCUACGAAGCCGCCUGCAACAGGCUGGCCAACAAGGCAGUGCAGCGGGGCUCGGCGGACAACGUCACCGUGAUGGUGGUGCGGAUAGGGUCCCCGUGAGGGCCGGCGGGGCAGCGAGGGUGCGGCGGGGCCGGGGGCGCGGCAUGGUAUUGACUUCACAGGUUCAUCGUGUGUGUGUGCACAGUCUGUGUGUUUCGUGUACUCCUGUGGGACUCCCAUGGUUGUAAAUAAAGGUUUCUUUUUUUUUC